AAUGAGGAUAUGAUGCGCUGGCCCGGAGCCCUCGUCCGGCCCUUGCGGGUACGGUUCGUCUCUCUUCUUUCUGCUGGGCAAAGUGCCAUUCAGCUUGUCACCCGCACAUCGAUUCUCGAUAGGUUGUUGCUGCAAGAGCUUAGCAACAAAAGCAGCAAGCCCGGACAUUGACAUCGACGCCUCGAGCUUCAGAACGAUGAGAAUACGCAAACGCCAGCCAGUAGUGCUUUUAGAAACACCCCCUCCUUCGUCUCAUCUGGCACGUCCACUGUCUGCCUUCACCCACGAAGGUCCAGGGCAAUUUGUAGGUCAGCACGGCUGCUUGUCCCGUGGACAUCAGCACCCGCUGAUCAGUAAAGAAGCCGCAAAGCCGCAGGAUGCAUCUCCCGUUUGGAAUCCUGGGGACACCUCCUACCUCAAAAGAUCCCAGGUCGUUGACGAAGAAGCAUACAGUGUGGACUAUGCGCGGCCCGAGGCGGUACUGCCCAGCAAAGAAAAGACCGGGAGCCAGGCCGGAAAGAGCUCUUCAGACGACGUACACAAGCUAGAGGUCAAGAGAGAUGGUACGCAAUCGAGACCUUACGAAUUUGUGGAGUUCGUGGAGGAAGCAGGAAGGGUACGCGGCAGCCAAGAAACGUAUAGAUCUGCUAUUGAGCGGACUGACAUACAACGCGGGGAUAGAGCUCCCAGUGUGGAAAGAGAUCUCAAUCAUCCGAGUAACAAGCCGAAAGAGUCUCUCUUAUAUUCUUUGUACAGUGUCUUCUCACGACUGUCAGGGAAGACUGUGCUGACCGCCCGCGAGGCUCUGUCGCGAAUAAUCGAAGAGGGCCUCCCCGGAUUGGAUGAGGAAGUCGGGCUACCCAGUGUUCAGGUCGCUAAAGUUAUGCGAAGCAAUCCUUACUUCGUGCACCUCGAAGGCGGAAAAUUUUUGCUGUGCAGUGGACCUUCUCAUCAGAACAAUGACCAAUUAAUCAGUGGCCUGGACCUAGCGGAUGCUGUAAUAGAUCCGGCUAUAUCACAGCAGCCUGCAGCUACCGCGAAUGGGGUCGGGAAGGGCGAUAGAGAUGAGGAGCAGCAUGAUUACACAGGAUUGCGCAAUAAGAGGGCGAGGAGUAAAAGUUCGAGCAGCAACGAAAUGCGUGACAAGAACGACAGUAGCUUGAUAUCGGAGGAGAUUCCUAAAUUGAGUGCUUCUAAAUCUCAGCUUUCUGUCUCGCCGAAGAUUACUCCACCUGAUCAUGUCGCCGUUCAGAUAUGUAAACGGUACGACGGAAGAGGCUGGAAAUGUCACCAAAAGGCUCUAGAGGGAUACUCAAUGUGUCGUCAUCACCAUGAACUCAUAGUCAAUCGAUUAGCUCGACUGAGAAAUAGUGGUAGAUUGGGCUCGAAGAAGUUAUCGAAGAGGAGGAAACCCAGCGGUAAGCAGCUCAGUGAAAGUUCCGCUGUCACGGACGGUGAUUUGAAAAAUGAACAAAGUGGGGCUCAAUGGCGAAAGAAUGUCAAGGCGCGUUCCCUGAAUUCCAUCAACACUUGAGAGGUGCGUUUGUUGUGGAGGCCUAAACUGGUACGCAAAAGCAUCGCUUUUUUCAUUUCCGUGCCACGGAGUUACGACCUCAUGCGCACCUAUGGGGUAGUAAUGGGCAAGUCUUAUGAGCUCGAGGCGCGUUCUCCGACCUGUGAAGAGCCCAGUAGACCUAGAGGAUCUGUAUGUAACCCGGAGUUACAUGCUGUAAAUCCCGACAGCUUGGGUUCCUAAGGCAGUACGGAGGGAAAACCAUGGACUUGUUUUGCGUUUUUCUUGAACCAAUUUUGUCAUCUGGAAACUCCUGUUCAAGUUUCACGACCUGAAAAGGUCGAGUUUGUUUCAAGAUGCGCACACCACGAAAACAGAUAUUGUAAUCACGGAUUGUUGCUCAAUCACUCGGAGGCUACAUCGCCCCUAGACGUGUCCAUGCACAAAGUUUCCCUGGGUCAAGCGUGGAUGCAGAUGCGGGACGUUGCAGCGUUGCAGGGCCUCACAAGCGCGCAAGGCCCCUCUUCGAACCUUUGGCCGCCAAUCUAAGAGUAGCAAGGAUACAUAAUUUUUUCCAGUUUUGGAUUGUGGCUGCCAUAGCUCCUGUGCUUACUCUCGCGAUCUUUGCAGUUGUCAUCAAUGUGCAAUUUUGCCACAUACUUGCAACUAGACGUAUUAGACGUUCAUAACCAAACGCUAGCAAUCGCGAGACUCUAUGUAUCGUCCUAGACGUGAGAGAUAUAGAAGAGAAGUCUCGUAUUGUUGUGAUGGAAUGAGAUAUCACCUAGACUUAGAAGAUUUGCGUGCACCUAUCCAUUCCAAUCUCAUUGCUUGUACUUCACGUAUAGCUACUUUACUCUAGUAGUUGCAGGGUUUAACAUGAGCCCGCUAAAAUCAAGCAUAGGUAGGGGCCCCGUAUUUGAAUUCGGAAGACAGGGAACUACAGCG